AUGUACAGCAAGUUGACACCCUGCUAUUUCUGUUACAGCCUCCCCGCGGUCGGCAACAGCUUCCCGAGCCGGGAUGCCUGGCCGCACCCGAUGAUACGGACCACGAUGCACCACCGCGGGCACGGCGGCCUCAGCAAACACGACCGGGCCCAUUAUGGCAUGCCGGCGCCCAGAGGGGGCAGGGAAGGGGCUGGCCUGCGGGUGCUCAGCCGACUGGCAUCGGGCGACGACCCGGGGUGGACGGAACGGCCCGCGGGCCUCCGGCAAAAGGACGUUUUCCUGGGCUUUGAGUUUCCGUAUCCCGAGCAGGAAAACCAUGCCCCUGGGUCCGAACGGGUGAAGAAGCAGAACCGUGACCACCGGCGGCACAGCCGGAGAGACAGGUUGAGGCAGCACAGAGGAAAAGCUUCUGACCCGGGCCCAAGCGCCCUGUACAAGAAACCUGAAAGCUUUGAGGAGCAGCUUCAGACCCUCCAUGGCGGGGAAGGGUCUUCGGCCGGCUUGCCUCCCACCUCCUUCCUGGGCCCCACGGUAAAGACGUCCACCGAGGAGCCCCCUGCCCUCCGCGCAACGUCCGCCCGGCCUCGGGUGCGAGUCAGGCAGGAAGGCGACGUUAUGCCCACCCUGGACAUGACGCUCUUUGACUGGACUGACUACGAAGAUCUCCGGCCGGAUAUGUGGCCUUCAAUCCGGAAGAAAGAGAAACAGCGUGGUAAGAACGGGGGCAACGAAACCACCCCCGUCGAGGGAGAGUCCUGCGACCAUCACCUUGACUGCCUCCCAGGAUGUUGCUGUGAUCUACGGGAGCACCUUUGCAAACCCCACAACCGUGGCCUUAACAACAAAUGCUACGAUGAUUGUAUGUGCACAGAAGGCCUACGCUGCUACGCCAAAUUUCACCGCAACCGCAGGGUGACCCGGCGAAAAGGCCGCUGCGUGGAGCCGGAGUCCGCUGAUGGAGAUCAAGGAUCCUUUAUUAAUGUCUAGAAGGAUACCAGGGUGCUUUCUCUGGGCCUGGAAGCAAGAGGAAUUAAUUUAUAACUAGUGUCACCCGGGAGGGACACAGACCAAAUGACUCAGACGCUGUAGGCUGAGCUGGGAUUGAGAGAAGUGCAUAACAGGGGCAGGUUUUCAUAAUUCAAUUGCAGGGGGCUGGGGC